AUGACCUUGCUGGCCCUCAAAGAAGACAGGCCGACGCCCAAGGCCGUCUACAACUGGCGUGUCUAUACUUCGGCCGCCGUCGCCUCCUUCGCCUCAUGCAUGAUCGGUUAUGACUCUGCCUUCAUCGGCACCACCAUCGCCCUCGCUUCUUUCAAGUCUGAGUUCGGCUUCAACAAGCUCUCCACCACUGAGCUGAACCUUAUCUCGGCCAAUAUUGUCUCUGUCUACCAGGCCGGCGCCUUCUUCGGUUCCCUCUUCGCCUAUGUCUCCUCCUACUUCCUCGGCCGCCGCAAAUCCCUGUUUGCUUUUGUCACUGUAUUCAUUCUUGGCGCCGGUCUCAUGCUCGGGGCCAAUGGGGAUCGAGGCCUGGGUCUGAUCUACGGUGGCAGGGUGCUCGCAGGCAUUGGUGUCGGCGGUGCAUCGAACAUGGUACCCAUCUAUAUCUCGGAACUGGCACCACCGGCUGCCCGAGGAAGACUUGUGGGCAUCUACGAGCUGGGCUGGCAGAUCGGCGGGCUGGUGGGCUUCUGGAUCAACUAUGGCGUGAACACCACCCUGCCCGCCGACCACAAGCAGUGGCUCAUCCCCUUUGCGGUGCAGCUCAUUCCCGCCGGCCUGCUCCUCGUCGGGUGUCUGUGGAUGAAGGAGUCCCCCCGGUGGCUCAUGUCCAAGGGUCGGCGUGAGGAGGGCCUGGCGAACCUCUGCUGGAUACGCAACCUCAGCGCGUCCGACAUCUAUAUCGUCGAGGAGGUCAGCUACAUUGACGAGGAGCUCGAGCGGUACAGGACCGAGGUGGGCGCGGGCUUCUGGAAGCCCUUUGCCUCGUUGAAGCAGAAGAACGUGCAGUGGCGAUUCUUUCUGGGCAGCAUGCUCUUUUUGUGGCAGAACGGCUCCGGCAUCAAUGCCAUCAACUACUAUUCGCCCACCAUCUUCAAGAGCAUCGGCGUCCAAGGCACGAAUGCAUCGCUGUUGACGACGGGCGUGUUUGGCUGUGUGAAGACGACGUUUACCUUUAUCUGGCUCCUAUACCUCAUCGACCGUCUUGGCCGCCGCAAGCUCCUCCUGGUCGGCGCCAUCGGCGGUUCCCUGUGCAUGUGGUACCUCGGCGCCUACAUCAAGAUCGCUGACCCGACCGCCAACCCGACUGCCAACGGACAGCUCUCGUCGGGCGGCAUCUCGGCCAUGUUCUUCUUCUACCUGUGGACCUGCUUCUACACGCCGACGUGGAACGGCACGCCCUGGGUUCUCAACUCGGAGAUGUUUGACCAGAACACGCGGUCGCUGGGCCAGGCGUCCGCGGCGGCGAGCAACUGGUUCUGGAACUUCAUCAUCAGCCGGUUCACGCCGCAGAUGUUUGCCACAAUGGAGUACGGCGUGUACAUGUUCUUUGCGAGCCUGAUGCUGCUGUCGUGGGUGUUUGUGUUCUUCCUCAUCCCCGAGACCAAGGGUCUGCCGCUGGAGGCCAUGGAUAGGCUGUUCGCGGUCAAGCCUGUCUGGAAGGCGAACGAGAAGAUCAUGGAGGAGCUGCGGCUGCAGGAUGAGGAGUUCAGGCACAAUGCGGGCAAUCUGGAGCUGAAUGAUGACUCGAAGCCUGGCCUGACCCAGAUUGACGACGGUAACAGGGAAGAGUAA